ACGUUGGUCGCAUUAGUGGACAGGAUGAAGCUCCUUCUGCUCUUUGUGGUCCUUGGGUUUUGCUCGGCUCAGUUCAAUCCCAACACCAGGGCUGGCCGGACAUCUAUUGUCCACUUGUUUGAAUGGAAAUGGGAAGACAUUGCAGCAGAGUGUGAACGAUACUUGGGACCUAAUGGGUUUGGAGGAGUACAGAUUUCUCCACCAAAUGAGAACAUCGUCCUCAGCAAUCCUUUCAGACCAUGGUAUGAAAGAUAUCAACCAAUUAGCUACAAACUCUGCACCCGAUCUGGAAAUGAACAGCAAUUCCGAGACAUGGUGACCCGUUGUAACAACGUUGGGGUGUAUAUUUAUGUGGAUGCAAUCAUUAACCACAUGUGCGGCUCUGGUGGAGGUGCAGGUACCCAUUCAACUUGCGGGAGCUACUUCAAUGCAGGUUCAAAAGAUUUUCCAACUGUCCCAUACUCUUCCUGGGACUUCAACGAUGGCAAAUGCAGGACAGGCAGUGGUGAAAUAGAAAACUACGGAGAUUCAUAUCAGGUUAGAGAUUGUCGUCUUGUUGGCCUUCUGGAUCUGGCACUGGAGAAGGACUACGUGCGUGGAAAGAUUGCUGAGUACAUGAACAAUCUCAUCAGCAUUGGAGUGGCUGGCUUCAGACUUGAUGCAGCCAAGCACAUGUGGCCCGGUGAUAUCAAAGCAAUCACUGACAGACUAUAUAACUUGAACACAAAAUGGUUUCCCAGCGGUGCCCGUCCUUUUAUCUUCCAGGAGGUUAUUGAUCUUGGGGGUGAACCUAUUUCAUCCAGCGAAUAUACUGGCAUCGGAAGAGUGACUGAAUUUAAAUAUGGAGCUAAACUCGGGAAUGUCAUUCGCAAAUGGAACGGAGAGAAGCUGUCUUACCUGAAGAACUGGGGAGAAGGAUGGGGAUUCAUGCCUAGCGGCAAAGCCCUGGUCUUUGUAGAUAAUCAUGAUAACCAGAGAGGUCACGGAGCUGGUGGAGCCUCUAUCCUCACCUUCUGGGAUGCUCGACUCUACAAAAUGGGUGUUGGCUUCAUGCUUGCACAUCCCUAUGGGUUCACUCGUAUCAUGUCCAGUUACAGAUGGUCAAGGAAUUUUGUGAAUGGAAAGGACGUAAAUGAUUGGAUUGGACCACCAAGUUACUCAGAUGGCUCUACAAAAUCUGUCACUAUUAAUGCUGAUUCCACUUGUGGUAACGACUGGGUCUGUGAGCACAGAUGGCGUCAAAUAAAGAAUAUGGCUAUUUUCCGCAACGUGGUAGACGGACAACCCUUUUCUAACUGGUGGGACAAUGGAAGCAAUCAAGUUGCCUUUGGUCGUGGCAACAGAGGGUUCAUUGUUUUUAACAAUGAUGAUUGGUACAUGGACGCCACCCUAUACACCGGUCUCCCAGCUGGUACAUACUGUGAUGUGAUCUCUGGACAAAAGGAGGGAUCCAGGUGCACUGGCAGACAGAUUACAGUGGGUAGCAAUGGCUCUGCCCGAUUCCAGAUCAGUAACAAUGAUGAAGAUCCAUUCGCUGCUAUUCAUGUUGAUGCCAGAUUAUAAAAUCUGAAAAAAAAGACUGCUAUUCAAUGUAUGAACUGACUUCUAUAAACUGGAAAAGUCAUUUUCCAAACCUGAGAAAUAUUCUCUGUACAACAAAUGACAUCUUAUUUACUCAUCUUGUCACAUCACAGCAUAAAUAAACUCCCAUGCUAAUCUCUUU